AUGUCGGGCCAAUACAACAGAUUUUCACAGGAUCGUGAAUCACUGAUAAUAUUCACACCUCGUCGGUCACAACAGCCGUCACAAGAACCAGAUGUAGAACUAGCUCUUAGGAAUGAACUAACAAAACUAACCGAAAUAUCAGCAUCACUACAAUCAGCAGUUUCAACAAUUAAAACUAUAAACAAAAAUAUCACAACAAUGAAUAAUGCCAAUGAAGGUGCAAUAAAGCUAUUGGAUAAAUAUACGAACAUCCUUUCUGAGUCCACAUUCACACAUGACAUGAUUGAUAAUGAAGAUUGGAAACCACAAGAAUUAGAUGCUAAUGAUAGUUUUGAUGAAGAAAAUUAUGAGAAUGAGGAGGAAGAUUUGUUAAAGAGAUUGAAUGCUAUCGAAGGAGAGAACGAUUCGUUAAAAAAUCGAGUGGAUAAGAUUCUAAAUGAAAAACAAGCUAGGGCGAAAAGAAUGGCUGAAUUGACUGGAGUUAAACGAACCAGUGCACUUGGUGGAAACGUGUCUAACCCAAGAAGAAAGGUAGCUAGAACUGGGCUUUGA